AUGCGAUCAUCAAUCUAUGGAACUGGUCGAUCAAGCACACCUGAAGCAACCAUGAUCAAAAGAGUUGUAAAGUCGGUCGGUGGUUCAAGUGUCUCAGCUAAAGGUGUUGCUGUUCUCGUUAGUAUGAUUCGUCAUGUUUUUGUUGAGAUUACAUUGAUGACAUCAACCUUUAAGGAAAGAGCACCCAAACAAACUCUUACAGCUAGAGACAUCCAAUUUGCAGUUAGACUUGUACUCGGAGGUACUGAAUUGGCCAAACAUGCCAUCGUACAAGGUAUGGCUGCUGUCCAAAGGGGAUCAACCCAAGGACCAAUGAUUAAAGUUUCAUAUGUCAAGAGAUGUCUAAAGAGUAGUAUGCUUUAUGCUAGAAUGGGUAGAGGUACACCCAUCUAUUUGGCAGCUGUCCUUGAAUACAUCCUUGCAGAGGUACUUGAACUCUCUUUAAAUGUUGCCAGAGAACAGAAAAAGACAAUCAUUGCUCCAAAUCACAUUAGAACCGCCAUUCAAAACGACAAUGAACUCUUUGGUUUGUUUGAUAAGGUUAUCAUUGCUGGUGCUGGUGCUGUUAGUCAUAUGCCACUCAAUGGUAGAGACCAUUUUGUUUCAUCCCAUCCUUCUAUUCCUCCACCAAAUGAUCCAUCAGACUCUUUUAGCAAACUUUCUAUUCAAAACUAUUAA